CCCCUCCGGAUCCAGCAGUUCAUGUUUGGCCAGCCAAGGUAAGAAGCGAGCGGACGCCUCGAAGGUGGAACUAUAUCCCAAGAUCUACCAAACUCCCUUCCACAAAGAGCGCAACUAUGAGAGGUGUUUCCUACUCCCAGAAGAGCCUGACGGUCAGUGGGUCCAGCAGGACAAGAGUGCAGAGCCCUUCUCCUUCCCGAUGCCGUGCGUCCUCCUACAAUCGUGGUCGGGCUGGCUUCCAGGGGCAAGCUGUGGAAGUGGGCACAGAGAUCCACAAGAACCACGCCAACGAGAAGGAGGAGAUGCAGGAGCUGAACGUGCGCUUUGCCGGCUACAUCGAGAAGGUCCAGGCACUAGAGCAGAGGAAUGCCACCCUCAAAGCAGAGCUGGAGGCUCUGCAGGGCCGCUUCAAGGGUGGUCCUUCCGGCCUCGGGGAGGAGUACGAGGCCAAGUUCAAGGAGAUGAGGGACCUGAUUGAGGCUUUGACAGCAGAGAAGGGUGCAGCAGAUAUUGAAAGGGGCUACAUCGAGGAGGAGGUGGAGGUGUGGAGACUGAAGCUGGAGGAAGAGCUGGCACUUAAAGAGGAGGCCGAGAUGAUCCUGCGAGAGUUCCGUCAGGACGUAGACAAUGCCACACUGCAAAAGGCCGACCUAGAGAAACGUGUUGAGCAGCUGGUGGCCGAGAUAGAAUUUCUCAAGAAGCUCCACGAUGAGGAAGUCGCUGACCUCCUCAAGCAGAUCGAGGAGUCCAAGGUGACCGUAGAGCUAGACUCAGACAGACCAGACCUGGCUGCGUACCUACGCAAGAUGCGUGGUGAGAUUGAGGCCGUUGCUGCCCGCAAUGUCCAGGAGGCAGAGAAGUGGUACAAGGGCAAGUUUGACACACUGAAGGAGCACGCCAACAAGCACGAGAACCAGAUGCGGAACAUGAAGGACGAGAUCACCACCUUCCACAACCAAGUGACCGAACUGCAGAACCAGAUCGAUGGGCUGCGAGCACAGAACGCCGCUUUGGAGCAGCAGCUGGAUGACAUGGAGCUGGCGCACCUGGACAAGGUGGCAGGUUUAGAAGCCAUCAUCGCUCAGCUGGAGAGUCAGCUAUGCGAGACCAAGGUGGAGAUGGCAAAGUAUAUGGCCGACUAUCAGGAGCUGCUGCACAUUAAGCUAAAGCUGGAUGCUGAGAUCGCCACCUACAGGAAGCUGCUGGAAGGAGAGGAGAAAAGACUGGGAAUCUCAAUCCUUGAGAGCGUUGCAGAGCCAUGAACCAUGUCCCUGUCCACUGAAGGAUCUGCCUAAUAAACAAACCCCUCCCAAACCAACACCACCAUCACCAUCAUCACCCCUCCCCAGGAUGCCUCUACUGCUCCUCCAUCCACGUCUGGAUAACUCUUACAAUACUCCAAAGUAAAAAAAUGUCUUAAAACAUAUCUAAUGUGAACAUCACCAAAUACUUCUUAAUAAAGCUUGACCCAUGUGCA